GCCAAGUAAAGCAACUAACAAGUUUCAAAUAAAACAAUUCGAUACAGUGGCAAACUAAAACUUUAUCAAUUAUUUGUCCCCCAAAAAAAAGGAGUGAAAAUUUUUCGCUGUUAUACAGAAAGGCAGACCCCUACACAUAUAUACACAUAUACGAGAGCCUACAUAUAUAUAUCCAUAUAUAUAUAAUAUAUGUUCAAGAAUCCUUUAGCCAAGUCAAGAAGAAGAAGCUACGCGAAUGUGCGCUUUUGGUUACCUAUUGUUUUUCGCCCUAUUGUUAACAACAAUUCUGGUGCUUUCCAUCAUUUUCGCCACCACCUCCAAGCGAUCCAUGUUGGAUAGCUUUGUACUAGUAUUCAAUUACACACAAGAACACCAGCCAGACCAAGAAAUGCAGCAGCAACAACAACAACCAACGGACUAUCAGCAACAACCACAAAUGUUCCUAAAACAGAAAAUAUUUUGAGUUCCACAUGGGUUUAUGAGUAUAAUGCCCCGAAAAAUAAUAAAACGAAACAGAAAAUCAAUUGGCUGUUGCACAUUUGCUUUGACAGUUUGUUCGGAAAAUUGAAAGAACAGAAAAAAAUAACAUAAACAAAAGUAUUUUGGUCAGGACGCUAGUGUACGCGAGUGAAAGAAUUUCUCAGUUGGUCAAGUGAAAUUACCACUAUAAAGUUAAUAAAUAAAACAAAGAGUGACAAAC